CGUUACUUUGUGCUUCAUAAUUAGCGAGCGAGCAAGAAGUGAUCAAGGAGUGCUGAUUAAGUUCUGGAUGUGACAAUAAACAGGAUUUACUAAGUCAGGUUUUAAUACGACACCAUACAGAAGAUAAUGGCAGAUAAUAGUGGCAAUACAGAGGGGAAACGUCUUCCACGAAUGGCUGCCACAUUUAUGAUGCGCUUUGCCUCUGAGCGCGAGCCCACCUUUGGCAUCCACAGGGACAGCUUUACGCCUCUUGUCCCUUACACGGAGUCUGAAGAUUCUCCUCAUACUGGAGAAGAUUGUGAUUCCACUAGACCAGACCUCUGUAACCUUGCUGAUAUAGGGGAAGCUUCUAAUGUAGGCCCCCAAACUUCAGAAAUCCAGCCACUGGAGUCUCCAUUCGAAGUGGAGGACUUGGGAUCUGACAGAGACUCUCCUUCUGCAUGGAGUCUGGCAGAGAUAACAGCAAGUGAAAACAUCCUGGAAGGACUGGAAAACUCUGCGCAUGAGCAGUCUGUGAAAUUUACAGACUGGCACAAAAAACGCAUAACAGCUGUAUGCACUGAACGGUUCGACAUGCUGCUCAAGGAAUGUCCAGAAUACCACAGCACCAAGAGCUGCUUCGCUGCUUUUGUACUGGAGAGAGGUGGGCAGCGCUGUGACGAGUAUGAAGUGGUAGCUCUGGGAUCGGGUCUCAGCUGUUGCAGUGGUUGGGUUUCUUACACAGGCUCUGUGGUACACGAUUGCCACGCCAUUGUCCUUGCACGCAGAGCCCUCAAAAGGUACUUGUACAAGCAGCUCCUGUUGUUCUACAGUUCUGAUCCAGAACUGCAGCAGCGCUCCAUAUUGGGAAGCAUUUCAUCUGAACCACUGCUUCAGCUCAAACCACAUACUUACCUUCACCUGUAUACUAACAAAACACCUAAAGGAGCAGCUCAAUGCAUACUUCUGAAGUCUGACAGCAGUGCGUUCUCCUCUUUGAAACUGCAGUGCCAUGCCAGAGGCUCUCUCAUUCCCGCUGCCUUCCUGCUUCCCAGCAUCUGGGGUGCUCGCAUCUGCUGCAUGUCCAGCAGCGAUAAACUCACCCGCUGGACUGUCACUGGAGUGCAGGGAGCGCUGCUGAGUCAUUUUAUUAACCCAGUCUACAUUACCAGCAUUGUACUUGGUGAUUCCAGGCACUGCUCAGAGAAAGUGUCUGAAAUUAUCAACAAACGCCUGGGCACUGGCUGGAAGGACGCACUGCCACCUCCAUUCAAACACGCCACUGUGCUUUUUCUGAGUGGAGUGAAUGUGGGGCCUGUCGAGAGCUCAGACCACUGCAGUAACCUCAGUGUUAACUGGUGUUUGGGUGACUCCAGUAUUGAGGUUUUGGACUGCACAACCGGAUAUGCAAUCAACAAUUCUCCAUUUGUAAGUGGUCCUGGAUUCUCCAGCAGACUUUGUAAACGAGCGUUGUACUUCUGCUUCAGGAAAGUCUCAGCACUGGCCGGACAUCAUGACUUUCUGUCAUUUGCCACAUACUGCAAUGCUAAAAUGGCUGCUCAUCUAUAUCAGGAAACCAAGACUAUGGUCAAUCUACAGUUCUUGACCAAUAACGCUGGACCUUGGAACUCCAAACAAUUGGUAGAUUGCUUCCUUCGUUAAAUGACAGGUUUAACCCACGCUGAGGGUUCUCUUAGGAUGCUAGCUAUUUCAAGCUUCAACUGUUGCUUUAAAUGUUUGAUGUUCGGCUGAUGGCUACCUUUGGUUUUUGUAGGUUUUUGAUGCUUAAAAGCAGUCAUGGUUCAUAGUGUUCAUUAUUAGACAUUGAGGUGGUUGAAAGGUAUAUAAGUGUAGAACUUGUAGAUUUCUGUUGAAGAUGUUUUUGUUCCAAAAUGUGAAUAAUACCUUGGAGUACUACCAACUAGUGUGAUUGUGCGUUAUGUAAUUUUUUUGUGCUUUCUUUACUUUUGCAGUGUUUAGAUUAUGUGGUAUGGUGUUUUGAAGUUUUUUUGUAUAAAAGGAGGGAUGUGAACAAAUGUUUUUGACUUACCUGCAUUAAUGUUACAGUAGUUUUACUGAAUGUCGAGAACACAUACAAUAGGCAUGUAAGGCUCAUUCCUCCCAUAAUUCUCUUAUUCAUAGUUUGUAAAGCAAUAAUAAAAAAUACAUUGUGAAGAUGGUUCAUUGUAUCAGAGUAU